CGGCGCUGGCGGCACAGUCGCCGCGCGCGGCUGGCGCGCCGUGCCCAGAGGCGCGGGGCGGAUGGCGCGGGCGGCGCGAGGCCGCGCGCUCCCGCGGGCAGCGCGGCGGCGCGCGUAGGGCCGCGGGCUAGCGCGCCUCCCGCACCGCUCCUGCCGCUCCCCUCCUCCCGCCUGGCCAUGCUGGCCGCCGCCUGGCUGGGCAGGGGCUCCUGGGGGCUGCUCCGCGGCGCGGCGCGGAGGCCUCUGGGCGGCCGGCCCGGUGCGGCGGCGGCGGCGGCGGCGGCGGGCGGGGGCGUCUCGUGCGCGGCCGCGUGCGCGCGGCCCCCGCGGCUGCUGCGCGCUCCCGCCGCCGCCGCCUGGCGCCUCCUCAGCGGCGGGGCCGCCCCGCCCGAGCCCCCGCGGCAGCGCGGCGCGGCGGGGCCCUACGCCGAGCUGUAUGAGAACCCCUGGACCAUCCCAAAUAUCCUGUCCAUGGCGAGGAUGGGUCUGGCGCCAGUUCUGGGCUAUUUGAUUGUCGAGGAGAAUUUCAACGUCGCCCUCGGUGUCUUUGUCCUGGCUGGCGUGACAGACCUGCUGGAUGGAUUCAUUGCACGGAACUGGGCUAAUCAGAAAUCAGCGCUGGGAAGCGCCCUCGAUCCCCUGGCAGAUAAAAUUCUCAUCAGUGUGCUCUACGUCAGCCUGACCUGUGCAAAUCUUAUCCCAGCUCCGCUGACCUCUGUGAUCAUCCUGCGGGACGCGGCGCUCAUCGCUGCGGUUUUUUACGUGCGGUACAAAACCCUUUCUCCGCCGAGAACACUGAGUAGAUAUUUUAACCCCUGUUACGCUACUGCACAAUUAAAACCAACAUUCAUUAGCAAGAUGAACACAGCAGUUCAGUUGAUCUUGGUGGCGGCUUCUUUAGCAGCUCCUGUUUUCAAUUAUGUGGACAGCAUAUAUCUGCAAACUUUAUGGUGCAUCACAGCUUUCACAACGGUGACAUCUGCCUACAGCUAUUACCACUACGGCAGGAAAACUGUCCAGGUGAUCAAGAACAAGUGAAGUGGUUCACUUUUAUCACCCCCCUGACAAAAGGUGAAGCGUUCCUGGAAGGGCAGGAAGGUGUUGUGCCCCCAGAGGUGGUGGUGUUGCAGCUGAGUUUUGGAUCAAAGCACUCUUUGUCCUUCUGCUUAAACCAUGGCAUCACAAUGAAGUGAAAUUCAACGUACUGUGUAUAUAUGUAGAGAGAGACUUUUCAAUGUAUUUUUAAUUUCUUUAAAAAAUGAGGUUGUUUACAAAAAUGAAUAAACAACAUUCUUAAAAACACG